AUGGCUGGAUACUCAAACGACUUUUCGGAUGGCUUCUUCUUUAUACGCAGUAAAGAUAGGCCGAUGGCUGUGGAUGUAAAUGAUGGUAGUAUGCUGAAUGACGCCCAUAUCAUUAUAUGGCCCCAGAAACAUACCGACAGUAUAAACCAGCUGUGGAUGCACGAAGAUGGAUUCUUGCUGAAUAAGAAAUCAGGACUAGUGUAUGGUAUGAUAGACUAUCGUAGAGUAGAAUAUAAUGCUAAGGCUGAGUCUAAUGCUAAGGCUAAGUAUAAGGCUAAGUACAAGGCUAAGUACAAGGCUAAGGUCAAGGCUAAGGUCAAGGCCAAGACUAAGAAUUAUACUGAUGAGGCUUGUAAUUUCAUCAAACAUACGUAUAUCUGUUUGGUGUUGGCAGGUGAUAUUAAAAAGGAUAAAUCUCUGGUUCAGUAUGCGCGUAAAUCUGGAUUGGCUUACAACCAACGAUGGAAGUAUCAAGAUGGUUUCAUUUUCCCCGCAGCUGCCCCUCAUCUCAGCCUAGACAUACGGGGAGACCACAAAGAAGGUAGCUUUAUCUUCCUCAAUACAAAGAUGUCAGGCGUCUCUAGCCAACAAUGGCUUGUUGAACCCUUUGAGAAUGAGCGCUCCAAACAAGAUCUUGAAUUACUCCGGCCAUCAGUCAAGUUAUCUAUCAAUCGUUGCUCCGAUUCCAAGACCAGAUAA